UCGCAGCGUCAGUUGCUAUCGUAUUGUUAAGCGUGAUGGAUCGCAGGAAAGGGAAAGAAACUACGAUCAGUGAAAGAAAACAAAUCCUUGAUCUGUUUAGACAAAAUAAGUCAUAUGGGGAAAUAUCGAAAAUUGUUGGUCGAAGUUGAUCGACUGUACAGUCGGUUAUACACAUUUUAAAAGAGGGAAUAUGUUAGAAAAUAAGCGUAGAAGCGCUCGUCAAAAAAAAUUAACGGAACGUGAACAACGAUUCGUGAUGCAGUUAGUGCAAAAAACUCCUCUAAUAAGUGUUUCUGCAACAGUUUCGGAAUUAAAACAAACCUUGAAGAAAAAAGUUCAUCCACAUACUAUUCGCAGAACACUUUAACAAAUUGGAUACAAUCAAGCAAGACGAAAACCGUAUUAUUGCAAUGCCUGAAGAAUGGAAAACCAUUUUUGUCACGGGCGGUGCUGGAUAUAUUGGAAGUCACUGUGUAGUCGAACUUCUCGAAAGCGGAUACGAAGUUGUGGCUAUUGAUAAUUUUACUAACAGCGUUACCGGAAAGAAUGGAGAAUCCGCAGCUCUCAAGAGAGUGGAGCAGAUUACAGGGAAAAAAGUUACAUUUUAUAAUUGCGAUUUAAUCGAUCGGGAAAAACUUGAAGAAAUUUUUAACAAGCACAAGAUACAUUGCGUAAUACACUUUGCGGCGAUAAAGGCAGUAGGAGAAUCUAUGCAAAUACCACUUCACUACUAUCGGAACAACAUUAUUGGUGCUAUUAAUUUACUUGAGGUGAUGAAGGCCGCUGGAUGCUUCCAAUUGGUCUUUAGUAGCUCCUGCACUGUUUACGGAGAACCAGCUCAUCUCCCGAUUAAGGAAAAUCAUCCUACCGGAAAUAUAACAAACGUCUACGGACGAACGAAAUAUUUCAUUGAAGAAAUGCUCAAAGAUAUAUCAAGAGCUGAGGAGAAAUGGAAUAUUAUCGUACUGAGAUAUUUCAAUCCAGUUGGUGCACAUAUCAGUGGUUUAAUUGGAGAAGAUCCCACUAAACCAUUUACCAAUUUAAUGCCGUAUAUCGCGCAAGUAGCUGUAGGUCAUAAAUCUGAAUUAACGAUUUUCGGUGGUGAUUAUCCUACAAAGGAUGGUACAGGAAUUCGAGAUUAUAUUCAUGUAAUGGAUCUUGCAUCUGGUCAUGUGUCAGCUUUAGAUGCUUUAAGGAAGCAACAUGUCAGGCUAAAGAUUUAUAACUUGGGAACUGGAAAAGGAGUUUCCGUUCUGGAGUUAAUUAAAACCUUUGAAAAAGUAACUGGUACAAAGGUACCCUAUGUCAUACAAGAUAGACGAGAUGGUGAUAUUGUCUCUAUGUACGCCGAUACAAGUUUAGCCCGAAAAGAAUUGGGAUGGCAAUCUAAAUACGAUGUCAACCAAAUGUGUAAAGACUUUUGGAGGUGGCAGUCUACUAAUCCUCAUGGAUAUCGCAGUUCGUUACAAAAUGGUACGACAAAGAAAUGAUACGUAAAUAAUGUAGGUGGUUCACUUGUUGAAUUUUUCCUUAAACAGUACUGCAGAUUUUAAUAGUUUAGUGAUAAGAAAUGUCAAUAGAUUCAUAUCUUUUUUUUUCAUUAUGAAACUGAGAUAAACAAUUUAAAACAAACGAUAAACUCGAUUUAUCAUUUAUGUAAGAAUUUUGAAUAGUAUACAGUUUGUGAAGUAAUGAAAUUGUAGUAACAAUAUGUAGCAAUUUAAUAAUGAAUGUAAAAUCAAAAUUGUACCAGUGGCAGAGGAAACGUAGCCAUUAUUUGACUUUUGUACGGGAAAUAUAAUCAUUGGAGAACUCACAGAA